AUGAUAGUGGUGGCUCGUGGUGAUAAAAGUGGAGAGGAUGGUAUACCAAUGCUACUGAAAAUCCCACGGUUGUUUGAUCUUGGGGUGGCUACAGCAUCAUCGGAUUCGGUGAUAUCAUCAUACCAGGAUUGGUAUGAUUGGUUGGCAAAUAAGAAGCUCGAGCUGGUUACUUUGUGUGGCAAUGACCGCUUAUGGUUUAGGUCUCCUCAUCACAUAUGUGGCUUUGAACUUGAUGGACGGUCAUGGCCAACCUGCUUGUUGUACAUAGUUCCCUUCACACCUCGUUACAUUCUGCGGUACCCUUCUGACUUGGCACAGAUGAGAGGGGACCUUAAAGUUCUGUGGACAAGAGGAGAACCAGAGAGGCCAUGCCCGCACGUCCAUCUCAACCCUCUCAUAGAAGUAGUAGGACAAAGUAAUAGUGUGACAUUUCGUAGAACCCUAGUUUUCUCUUUCGUGACCAAGUUAAAACUCAUACAGCAGCAGCUGCUUCACAGUGAAGGAGUAAUCGGUAAAGACUGCAAUGAACAUAUCAACGCUGCAGGGUUGCAAGUAACCCUGAGCUGA